UCACUGUAGCUGCUGGUGCUUCACUGUACGCUGCUGGGGCCCUUGUCUUGCUGUGCCCGGGCCCUCCGUCAGCUUCAGUCCGCCACUGGGCUCUAAACGCGUUCUCUUUGAUCUUUUGUUGCGACUUCAGGUGAAUAAGUCGUGUGUGUUUCUUUCAUGGAGCAGUCUCGUGCAGUCGUGCUUGUUUCCACGUUGCGGGACAAAGUCGUGAGGUGAAUGUAGAGUCCGUCUCUUGACUCACGCAGGGGCGGAGGGGAUUUCCGUGUUUGAGAAACUCGACUACUUCUCCCGCUUCGCGGGCGGCUCAGUGGAGCUCCGCGGCGGCUCGAUGGACCCGAACACCUUCCUGUACGACGUGCCCCCGGCUGUCGUCGAGACGCUGAGCAGAAUCCUGGACAGCGGAGACGACCGGCUCGGCUGGCGAGGAGUCGCGGUCCGAGUCGCCCCCAGCCUGUUAGAGGUUCGGAUGUUGGAGCGUGUGGAGGCGGCCGGCCGGAGUCCCACUCGGGAGCUGCUCUGGUCCUGGGCUCAGGAGAAUCCAAGGGUGCAGGACCUGCUCAAGGUGCUGCAGGACAUGGGCCACCACAGGGCCCUGCAGCUCCUCCAAGGUCCGGCUCAGUCAGAGUCGCCUGUGCCCCCCAGCAGUCCACACGCAGAGUCCAUAGGGAAGAUGUCAGCGGAUGAAGAGAAGGGAUCCUUCCAACCAGAGGAGAUUUCUUCAAGUAACGCGUCAUGCCCCGUGAGCUCCGCCGGAGGACAUCAGCCUCCCGAAAUCACUUUUCAAGACAUCAUCGAUGGAACCAGGGAUUUUCAUCAUGAGAUGAGAAUUGCCGAGGGACACUUCUCUGAUGUCUACAGAGCGCAGACAGGAAGUAAAGAGGUGGCGGUGAAGCUUUUCAAACAGACAAAUAUGGAGGCGUGGAAGAAGCUCUGGGACGUCUUCAGGAGAGAAAUGGAAAUCCAACAUUUGUACCAACAUCCCAACGUCUUGGAGCCGCUGGGCUGUUUCUCUGGCGAGGGACGCUACUGCCUGGUCUACCCGUACUUCCCCAACGGGUCGCUCUUCCACCGACUCCACCGCCGCCGGGACGGAGAGCCGCCUCUCUCCUGGCAACAGCGCCUCUCCAUCAUCAAGGGAGCAGCGAAGGCCUUGCACCACCUGCACACAGCACAGCCCUGCCCAGUGGUCUGUGGCAACAUCUCCAGUGCUAACAUACUCCUGGACGAAGGCCUGCAGCCCAAGCUGUCCGACUUUGGGUUGGCUCGUCUCCGUCCUCAUUCAGCCAAUCACAACUGCACUGUCACUCUGGAAACGAGGUUGCCCAGCAACCUGGGAUACCUCUCUGAGGAGCACAUCCGAGACGGCAAGCUGUCCUUCAGCCUGGAUGUUUACAGCUUCGGAAUGGUUAUAAUGGAAACGGUAACGGGACGGAAGGUCACCGAGGACGUACCGAAACAAACGGCCCUGAGAGACCUGCUCGAGGCCGAGGUGGAGGACAGCGGCGGCGUGGACUCCUGCAUGCAGUUCUUGGACGAGUCGGCCGGCCGGUGGUCGCCGGCCGUGGCCCUCGACCUUCUGCGCCUGGCUUUGGACUGUGCUGCUCGCCGCCGCCGCAACAGACCGAGCAUGGAGAAUGUUCUUCCAGCACUGAGCCGGCUGCUUCCUCCGCCCAGCUGCCCCCCCGCCGACCAACCCCGCAGCCUGGACGACAGAGACCCUCCCGCCGCCGAGCCGAGCCGCCGCCCGCCGUCCUCCGUCCCCGUGGAGCACGACGAGCAGCACGGCCCGCCCACCGCUCCCCCGACGGCCGCCGGGGGCCCCCGUGAAUGCAGCCAAUCGGAGGUGACCUACCUGAGUGACGUGGGGGGGGCGGUGGACCUGUACUGCAGCUGGCCCGUGCAGUGCAGCUGCCCGGCGGAGGCCGGCGGCGGCGUGGCCUGCGAGGACUGCCGGGCCAACGGCUUCACCAGCGACGCCACAGACGACCCUCAGGCUGAAUCCCUGGUGGUGGAAAAUGCAGCCAAGCAGAGACUGAGGACCAGACUGAGUCUUUACGACAGAGGGCUGAUUCACACGCAGGAGCUCCUCUCUGAGAUCAGCCUGCAGUAGAGAGCGUCCAGGAUUAUAUUGUUUCAUAAAGCUACGCGGAGACCAAUAUUUCAGAAUAAAAGAGAAACAGAACUUUUUUUAUCGAAAGAUGCAGAAUAUCGCUUUUUCUUCCUGAAAGAAAAGAAAAAAAGAUCAUAAUUGCGAAACAAAUUUUUUUAAAAAAUGUUUUUGAGUUCAUCUCCGUGGAAGAUAUCCGCCGGUUGGUUUGGGCUCAGAAGGCUCAGGGGCCUGUCGUAAAAUGAGGUCACGGGUUUGACGGUUAGCACCCAAUAACCACGUUUAUGACGUAACCUUAGACACCUUGACAAGCUAACUUUACGCCGUAAACAAACUGGUAAAUAGACUACAUGACAUCAUUCACACUCAUUCAUACACUGAUGGGAGGAGCCUGCAUGGAAUGUACCACCUGCACAUCGGGACGGUCUAUCAUUCACAAACCGUAGGCACAGCCUGCGGGGGGGAUUACGGAUGGGGGUUCCACUUGCCCAAGGACACAUCGACAUGGACUGGCCCCGGGAAUCGUACCCCGAUCCUCUGAUUGAGGGCGGGUGAACACAACGGGGCCUAUAAAGGUUUGAUGACCUCAUGCUCUCAUUUAGCCGCUUGUCAGCGACUAUGAGAGCGGUAUUUAAUUAAUUAUUACAUAUCGUAGAAAUCUCUUCAGCUGGUGUUAACCACAGGCCUUAUUUCAGGCAUCUAUUUUAAAAAACUAGAUGCGAUGACCUGAGAUUAUGAAUCUGAAGCACAAAUUAAUCUAAAUCUAUCUCUGAUGUAGCCUCCAUGUUGCGCAACAUCCGACUCUCAAUCCACUUCACUAUGAAAUAUUCCGGUUGUGCGACUCGUUCUAAUUUAUCUCAUUUAUAAACUGUUCUCUUAUUGACAUGCCAUUAGCUUUGGUUUGUUUGUGUUUAGAUGACAUGAAAUGAGAAGAAGAGGUCACAGGAGGGCAGUAUUUAUAUGACUUCUAUUUGAAAUACGUCUUUCAAUUACUUUUGAGUAUUUUUGUAAUUUGUAUUUUAUAGGGCCGAUAAUAUAUGGAACGUAAUUUGUAAUUAAAAACUUAAGAGUGGAGUCAUUUUUCAA